AACAGCUCCUGCUGUGAGCAUUUCGAGGAGAUUGGAAGAGGAGAGAAAGGGAAAGACGAAAGAACUCGGGCGUAAUGCUGUGAUUCCUCCAGAUCUCAGCCAGGCCGACCUUCGAAGGCGUGAUCUGAGUCAAUUAAAGGGUUCAGCCCGGAAGUGUGUUUCAUGUACAGAUCUGGAGGGAGUUUCGGUUAGUGUAUGAAAGGGAACUUGAGCUGCGUGUGAGUGGGAGUGAUCGUCGUGUAUUCCUUCGAUCGAGCGGAUGAUGCUCAGAUCCUCAAUUGUCAAGAAGGACAGCAAACUUUCAUAAAGAUGAGCAACUAUAAAUUGGGUGUAGAAGUUGCAAGUGCCCAUGACCUCAUGCCUAAGGAUGGGCAGGGUUCGUCCAAUCCAUGUGUAGAGCUUCAUUUUGAUGAUCAGAAGUUCCGUACAACAAUCAAAGAAAAAGAUCUUAAUCCUGUAUGGAAUGAGUGCUUCUACUUCAACAUUGCAGAUCCUACCUUGCUCCCUGAGCUUGCUCUUGAAGCUUCUGUGUACAACAUGAACAAGGCCACACAUUCCAGGUCAUUCCUUGGCAAGGUUCGCAUUUCUGGAACCUCUUUUGUACUCCAUGCUGAUGCUGUUGUACUCCACUUUCCACUGGAAAAACGUGGAAUAUUUUCACGCGUUAAAGGCGAACUUGGACUUAAAGUGUUCCUGAUUGAUGACCCUUCUAUAAAAGCUUCUAAUCCUCUCCCAGCUAAUGAUCCUUAUAUGAGCAGUGUCUCUCCAAGUUUAGCUCAUGAAGUUCCUUCCCAAGUCCCCCCAGUUACACAUGCAAAUCCACCUGCAGAAAACAGACAUGAGUCAAGUCAUACCUUUCAUAGUAUCCCAAAAGAGGUCUAUGAGCACCACUCAUCUGCUCCAUUCAGCGAAUCAGUUAGGUAUGUGGUUGAUUCUAUGAAACCUGAGCCUCCACCUCCCAGAAUUAUUAGGAUGCACUCAGGACCAUCCUCACAGCAGCCGGUGGACUUUGCUCUAAAAGAAACUAGACCUUUCCUGGGCGGGGGCCAGAUUGUUGGAGGCCGUGUUAUUCGUGCUGAGAAGCCUUCUAGUACAUAUGAUCUUGUGGAGCAAAUGCACUAUCUUUUUGUUCGUGUUGUGAAGGCACGAGAUUUACCGACCAUGGAUAUUACUGGAAGCCUUGAUCCUUAUGUUGAAGUGAGAGUAGGUAAUUACAAGGGAAUCACGAAACAUUUUGAGAAGAAUCAGAACCCAGAAUGGAAUGAAGUAUUUGCAUUUGCUAAGGAGAGGAUGCAGGCAUCAAUUCUUGAAGUUGUGGUCAAAGACAAAGAUCUGCUCAAGGAUGACUUUGUUGGAUUGGUACGUCUUGAUUUAAAUGAUGUUCCCAUACGUGUUCCACCAGAUAGCCCAUUAGCUCCAGAGUGGUAUCGGCUCGAGGACAAGAAAAGUGAAAAAACAAAAGGUGAACUCAUGCUCGCAGUUUGGAUAGGAACCCAAGCGGAUGAAGCAUUUCCUGAGGCAUGGCACUCCGAUGCAGCUGCACAUGUUGAUGCCUCUGCUGUUGGCUCUCACAUCAGGUCAAAAGUGUAUCAUGCACCUAGGCUGUGGUAUGUUCGUGUCAACAUCGUCGAGGCACAGGAUGUUAUCAUUGCUGAUAAGACCCGCUUUCCUGAUAUUUACGUUAAGACACAGCUAGGAAAUCAGAUAUUGAGGACAAGAACAGUUCCGGCACGAACAUUUAGUGCUUUCUGGAAUGAAGACCACAUGUUUGUGGCUGCGGAACCAUUUGAGGAUCACCUCAUUCUUUCUGUGGAAGAUCGUGUGGGGCCAAAUAAAGACGAGGUGAUUGGUCGUGUUGUUAUUCCUUUGGCAUUAAUUGAGAAGCGAGCUGAUGAUCGCAUUGUCCAUGGUCGGUGGUUCAAUCUUGAGAGGCCUGUUGCAAUUGAUGUGGAUCAGAUCAAGAAGGAUAAAUUUUCUAGCAGGAUUCACCUCCGUGUUUGUUUGGAUGGAGGAUAUCAUGUGCUUGAUGAGUCCACCCACUACAGUAGCGACCUUAGACCAACAGCAAAGCAGCUUUGGAAGCCAUCGAUUGGGUUGCUUGAGCUUGGCAUACUUAAAGCAGAAGGGCUUCAUCCUAUGAAGACCCGAGAAGGAAAAGGGACAUCAGAUACCUAUUGUGUAGCCAAGUAUAGCCAGAAAUGGGUCCGGACCCGCACCAUCAUAAAUGGCCUAUCCCCAAGAUACAAUGAGCAGUAUACAUGGGAAGUUUUUGAUCCAGAUACAGUUCUUACAGUUGGUGUCUUUGACAAUCGCCAAUUAGGAGAGAAGAGUCCUAAUGGUAACAAAGAUGCGACAAUUGGCAAGGUUCGCAUACGACUUUCAACCCUUGAAGCAGGCCGUGUGUACACACAUGCAUACCCUCUUCUUGUUUUGCAUCCUUCUGGUGUCAAGAAGAUGGGCGAGCUCCACCUUGCUUUACGGUUCUCGUCUACUUCAUUGAUUAACAUGAUGUACAUGUACUCAAAACCUUUGCUGCCCAAGAUGCAUUACAUACGGCCUCUAACCAUGAUGCAACAAGAUAUGCUGCGGCUCCAAGCUGUUCAGAUAGUAGCUGCACGACUUAACCGAAUGGAGCCUCCCCUCAGAAAGGAAGUUGUUGAGUACAUGUCUGAUGUCAACUCCCAUCUAUGGAGCAUGCGUCGAAGCAAAGCUAAUUUCUUCAGGCUUAUGUCAGUUUUCUCAGGCGUUUUUGCAGUGAGCAAAUGGUUUGGAGAUGUUUGUAUGUGGAGGAACCCCAUCACCACUGUACUGGUGCACAUUCUGUUCUUAAUGCUAGUCUGCUUCCCAGAACUGAUACUUCCUACAAUAUUUCUCUACAUGUUCCUGAUUGGCAUUUGGAACUACCGCUAUCGACCUCGUUAUCCUCCACACAUGAACACCAAAAUUUCACAUGCAGAAGCUGUGAAUCCAGACGAGCUCGACGAGGAGUUUGAUACCUUCCCUACCAGCAAGAGUGCAGAGCUUGUUCGAAUGAGGUACGAUCGGCUAAGGAGCAUUGCUGGAAGGAUACAAACUGUGGUCGGGGACUUAGCUACUCAAGGGGAGAGGAUCCAGUCAUUGCUUAGCUGGAGAGAUCCUCGGGCCACUGCAAUAUUUGUGGUUUUCUGUUUGAUGGCUGCGCUCGUGUUUUAUGUGACCCCAUUGCAGGUGUUGGCUGCCCUAGCUGGUUUCUAUGUGAUGCGGCACCCAAGAUUCCGAUACAGGAUGCCUUCUGCACCAAUAAAUUUCUUCAGGAGGUUGCCAGCAAGGACUGAUAGUAUGCUUUAAAUAAGUAGUCUCAAGUUAGAUUUCUAGUGAUGGUUUCUUCUGUUAUGCAUCUUUUGUGGACUCUGGCUUGUGUCGAAAGUCUUUAAGUAGUCUCGAGUUGGAUCUCUAGUGAUGGUUUCUUCUGUUAUGUAUCUUUUGUGGACUUUGGUUUGUGUCGAAAGUCUUUACUAUAAUAAUUACCUGAACUUCUCGACCGCCA